AUGGACUUCGACAAUCUUAUGAAUGUGACUAUACGUGAACAUCCUGGACAACACUUAGAGGAGUAUGGAGAAUUCGGAGGCUUCACAUCAUCAGAUGGCGUACAGAUGAUCGCUUAUGUAGUGAUUUCGUUUACUAUCGUUACAUCAUCGCCAAUUAUUAUUGUUUGCCUCAAGCAUCUCAUGCUAAAAGAGCUUCACAAAUCACAAGAGGAGCACUCAGAGACAGUCAAGAAUAUUUCCAAACUUUUCAUGAAGGCACUCACAGCACAAGCUAUGGUACCACUAUGCUGUUAUCUGCCCACAGGAUUGUUAUUCUACGUGUCCUACUCUUACGACUGGAACCUCGUCAUCGUCGAGUAUCUG